GUCUACUCUGCUGUAAACCAAAAUCAGGCAUACUGUAGCAGCAGUCUCCAGCAUAUCAGCACCAUGGUUUCACGCUUCUCUCUGCUGUGUGUCGUGUGCUGGGCGUUUAAGCCAUGUUGCACCGGGAGCUCACCUGAGUGGUUCCAAAACAUCUCCACAAACCUUUUCAGUUUUCCUGGAGAUGUAAACCUUGGAGGACUUUUUCCAAUCAACCAACAAACAAACAACAACAUCAGUUUCAUUAGUGAGCCAAACAGCAUCAAGUGUGGAAGUUUGGAUGAACUUGGACUAGGCCUUGCUCUGGUAAUGAAAUAUGCUGUGGAUGAGAUCAACACAAGACAGGAUUUGCUCCCAGGCAUCAAAUUAGGUUAUAAAAUCUACGACACCUGCAAACACUCCUCUAUCAUUGUGAAGCCUACUAUCUCCUUUCUCACCGAAAAAACAAACAAAACAAACAAAGCGCUUUCAGUGGAGUGUAAUUAUACCGACUAUGAAACCAGCGUAUCAGCCGUCAUUGGUCCUUAUACCUCAGAAAUGGUGUCAGUCAUUGGAAAACUACUGGGAUUUUUUCUGAUGCCACAGAUAAGCUACGGAGCCACCAGUGACAAGUUCAGUGAUAACCUUCUUUACCCAUCGUUCUUCCGCACGGUGCCCAGUGAUAAGUGGCAAGUAGAUGCCAUGGCAAAUCUUAUGAACAGGUUUAACUGGACCUGGGUCGCAGUAAUAGGCAGCGAGGAGGAGUACGGACAACGUGGUGUGCAGCAGUUCUCCAAAGUAGCAGAGAACAUGUCUGUGUGUGUGGCCUAUCAGGCCCUGAUCCCAGUGUACACCGAUCCUGUACCAACAGUUCAAACCAUUAUUAGCAACAUCCAAUUUACAAAGGUGCAAGUGGUGAUUGUGUUUGCCCUACAGGAACAGGCUGCUAUCUUUUUUGAACAGGUCAUCAAGAAUAAUCUAACCGGUGUAUGGAUCGCCAGCUCAAGCUGGAUUGUCCACAAUCGACUAAUAUCCCUCCCCAAUAUCAAAAAUGUUGGCACAAUCAUAGGGUUUAUGGACAACUUGGAUACUCUGGAUUCAUUAAUGAACUAUACUAAAACACUCUUCACAAAAAUAAGUCAGCAAAGGGAAAAAAUGCCUGCUUCAGUACAAAAGUCUGGUGAUCCUGACAACCCUUGUCCACAGUGCUGGAAUCUUUCGCCUGAUAACAUCACUUUGGUAGAUAACCGAGGAGUGGACAGACUGGGCUUUGCUGUGUAUUCUGCUGUCUACAGUGCAGCACAAGCACUGCAUACGUUGCUUCAGUGUGAUUCUGGUGUUUGUAAAUUGGGAGAAAACACAAAAAUCUAUCCCUGGAAGCUUUUGGAGGUUCUGAGGAAUACUUCUGUGAACAUAAGUGGCACAAUAUUAAAGUUCAACGAAAAUGGUAACCCGAAUUUAGGGUACAGUGUUAUACAAUGGAACUGGAAUAACACAGAGUUUAACUUCAAAACUGUGGGAACAUAUAAGCAAAACCAAUUAGACAUAAACGAAAGCCUCUUUGAAUGGCACACUAACGACUCAACGGUUCCUCUGUCAACCUGCUCGGCGCAGUGUGAAGAUGGCCAAGUUCGCAGGGUCAAAGGUUUCCAUUCCUGCUGCUAUGACUGUAUUGACUGUUUACCUGGUACUUAUCAAGCAAAUAAAGAUGACAUCCAAUGCACCAAGUGUCCUAAUCGUACGUGGUCUGGAGUAUGCAGCACUAACUGCAGUCCCCCUGUUUUUGAAAUUUUGGCAUGGCACACAUAUGACGCUCUGGAGAUUAUAAUGUCGGGACUUGUGCUGCUUAUAUGUCAAGUGUCAGUAAGCAUCGUGUUCCUAUUACACAGAGGGACCCCACUGGUGAAGGCGUCAGGGGGAGUCCUGACCUUUCUGACUCUACUAAGCUUGAUGGGAGCCUGUUUGAGUCUGCUUCUCUUCCUUGGACCGCGUGAUGAUGUGGUGUGUCAUCUUCAACUGCCACUUAUCACCAUUUUCCAAACCAUAGCUCUCUCCAUUAUCUUGUCUCUGUCACUGCAGAUAUUCCUUGUGACUGAAUUCCCGGAGAUGGUGGCCCCUCACCUCCCAAAACUCAGAGGCCCUGGCAGCUGGAUUUUUGUUUUAAUCUGCUGUUCUGUGCAAGGAGCUCUCUGCGGUUAGUUUGUUCGUGAUGAACCCACUCUUGCUUAGUACAAGGCAGAAAUGGAGAUUAAUUUUCAGAAGACAUUUUUGUCAUGCCCUGUGUCUCCUGAUAAACUUGCUGUUAUGCAAGGCCUUAAUGGUGCAAUGGCCCUUGUGUCAUUCAAGUCAACCUUUAUGGCAGUUAAGCCUCAUCAUCAGUAUAACCUUGCAAGGAACAUCACUUUUUCUGCUCUGAUCUACUGUGUAAUUUGGGUGAUAUUUAUACCAGUCUAUACAGCCAUGACAACCAAUAUCCACACUGUAUCAAAGGAUAAGUCUACAGUCCAUGUUUAUUUCACUCUUGCAGGUAAUUUAGGGUUGGUGGUUGCUUAUUACUUCCCCAAAUGUUACCUGCUGUUUAGGAAACCUGAGUUAAACACUCCAAAGCACUUCUGCACCUUCUUGGAGGGUGUUCCUCCAACACCACCCCAGGAGGAGCCACAACCACCAUCAGCAAAAUGACCUACCUACCUACCUACCUACCUACCUACCUACCUACCUACCUACCUACCUACCUACCUACCUACCUACCUACCUACCUACCUACCUACCUUUAUGUGAUAGACACACACUAGGAUGAUGUUUGUCAAAUCAGAAUUACAUCCUUC